CACAGCGAUAUUUCUUUAGUAUUGACGUAGAUCCACCAAUCUUACUACAGCUGAGGGGAAAAAAAAAAGAGCAAGUGUUUCGAUGAGAUCAGUGGUUGUAGAAGAGCGAAAAUAAGGAGACGGGAGAUACGCAACUGCAAAUCCCAAAAAAAGGCUCCUACCUCCCGCCAACAUGUCCAGCAAGAAGACCAAGGCUAAGACCACCAAGAAGCGUCCCCAGAGGGCGACUUCCAAUGUGUUCGCCAUGUUUGACCAGUCCCAGAUUCAGGAGUUUAAGGAGGCCUUCAACAUGAUUGACCAAAACAGGGACGGUUUCAUUGAUAAGGAAGAUCUGCACGACAUGUUGGCGUCCAUGGGUAAGAACCCCUCUGAUGAAUACCUGGAAGGCAUGAUGAGUGAAGCCCCCGGCCCCAUCAAUUUCACCAUGUUUUUGACUAUGUUUGGAGAGAAACUUAACGGCACUGAUCCCGAGGAUGUGAUCAGGAACGCGUUUGCCUGUUUCGAUGAAGAAGGCACAGGUUUCAUCCAUGAGGAUCAUUUACGUGAGCUCCUAACCACGAUGGGAGACCGCUUUACGGACGAGGAGGUGGACGAGAUGUACAGGGAGGCACCGAUUGACAAAAAAGGCAACUUCAACUAUGUAGAAUUCACCCGUAUUCUGAAACACGGAGCCAAGGAGAAGGAUGACUAAAUGAUCGGGGGAAUGAUCGGCACACGGAUUGUAAUCAUUUCAGGAGCCAUGGUACUGCAGAUCUGGGAAGACUGUGUUCUGUAGAUCACAGAGCCCUUUCUCCUCGUUUUUUUGCAGCCAUAGUGGGAAAAAAAAUAAAAAUCAUCAUAGCAGCUAUAUGUCAAUCACUCAUAGAAGAGUUUUAUAUGGACACAAAAAAUCAAUUGUUUGAUUAGCAUUAGAGUCCGGGGUUGGCUUUUUGAAUACGAUAAGGAAGGGUCAGUGUAGGUGUUCACAGCUGCCUCAGCGGCGCCCCCUUUGUCAGAAACGAAAGUGAAAAUAUGCGACUGAAAAGACCACUGCCGACUACCGUCACUUUAGCUGCUCAGAUUUGGAUAUUUCGUCUUAAUAUAUAACGUAAAAUAAAUGGAUUUAUUAACGUGA